AUGACGCUAUUCAAGAUCGGGCCGGCAAGUACUGCAUCAGCUGACGAGGAACUGAAGAUGGUGAGGAACGGAGCAUGGUACCCGUGGCAGGCCUGGUUCUCAAGAGCAAGGCGUCAGAGUCGGCACAAGCAUUCUUGCCAGAACAAGAUAGCAUCGAGGCGGUUGCCUAUAUGGCAGGCGUCAUAUCCGAUCGAGGAACCAUGGACCGGUGACGUGUGGGAGGGAACUGGCGGAGUACUGAUACCGCACGCAAAGAAGAUUGUCACGACCUGGGUUUGCGGCGCCUCUGCCUUGAUUGCUGGGACGGAAAUGGUCGAAAACUGGUAA